AACUUUACUUAAACGGGUCGUGUCUGUACCGUGCUCAAACCGAUCCGGUCCGUCUGACACCUCUUGCCCCCAGCAUCUGUGGAAUGCGAUGGAAUAAGAUUCUAUUUCCAUUUGGUCUCGGACUCUCUCAGUCAAUAUUCAUGAUUUUCAAAUCAUUUUGCACACGAGAUUCCAAACCCAGAAUCCCAUUAUGCUCCACCUUCGUCUUAGUCUUCCCAACCCUUCCAAACAUAACUCAUUCCCACCUCCACCCAACAACCCUAAUCUAAUUACUACUAUAAUCAACCCCAUUUUCACUCCAAGCAACCACAAUCCCACUCACAUUGCUCAAAGCUUCAGAUCCUACAAAACUUUAGCGGCUACCACCACCACUUCUGCUAACAAUGGGGUCAUUGAUAAAGAUAACCCAACUGAUUUCCAGGAAGGUGAACAAGGGAGCAGCCAACACAAGAGCUUCUGGGGAGCUGUUAGUUUGAUCAUUGGCACUGCUGUAGGUCCUGGCAUGCUGGGUUUGCCCGCUGAAACCAUUCGAUCAGGCCCUCUUCCCUCAACUAUUGCCAUUCUCGUCUCUUGGGUCUAUGUCAUCUCCUCAAUUAUCCUUGUUGCUGAGCUCAGCUUCGCGGCCAUGGAAGAAGAUGGGGUUGAAGAGGUAAGCUUCACUGGCCUUGCAACAAAAGCAUUGGGAAGUCACUUUGGUGCAUUUAUUGCUGUGGUCUAUGCUUGUUUGAGCUUUGCCUUGUUGGUGGCCUGUGUUUCGGGUAUCGGUUCAAUUGUCUCUCAGUUGUUUCCUCGUAUGAAUCUUGUAAUUGCUCAUGCUUUUUUUCCUCUUGCGGCUGGAUUAGUGAUUAUUUUCUUUCCUUUUAACGUCAUUGAUGCUGCAAACCGUUUUCUAUGCUUGCUCAUGCUUUUCUCCAUAACUGCACUUGUGGCCAUUGGUUUAUCUGUGGCCAGAACCAACUUGUUUGCUUCAUUUGGACAUGCCUCGUGGAGUCUUCCUUCAAUCUUACCAGCCAUUCCUGUCACUGUCCUCACAUUGGGGUUCCAUGUUAUCACCCCUUUCAUUUGCAAGAUUGCUGGGAACACCAUAGCUGAGGCUCGGAAAGCCAUUCUGAUUGGUGGUUCUGUUCCAUUAAUUAUGGUGUUGUCAUGGAAUUUGAGUGUGCUGGGGCUUUCUGGGGCAAACACAACAGCCUCCUCCAGAGACCCUAUAUCCCUUCUGCUUUCAGUCAAUCCCUCUGCCUUAUCUGCAGUCCAAGGAUUUGCCUUCUCUGCUUUGGCAACCAGCUUGAUUGGUUAUGCUGUUAGCUUCCCAAAACAGCUUCUCGAUACUCUGGAAUUGAUUGGAAAAAUCAACCUGAAAAAACAAAGUUAUUCUGAAAUACAUCUAGGUUCUGAAGGCAAUGGUUUUGGAAGAGUUGGGUUUGCUGUUUAUUCAGGAAGGCAUAAUCUUGGAAAUGCAGGGAGGGCUUCAUUUACCAGUUCAGGGUGUAGUGCUGCUUCAGAAGCUAAAUUGGGAUCAAGCAUUAAUAUCAUUGUAAUGCCGCUUGUACUUGGUGUUCCAGUGCUUAUAGCUUCUUUCUUUCGCUCGACCUUUUCCAGAGCUCUUGAUUUUGCUGGGCUUUAUGCAAACUGCUUUCUAUUUGGCAUCCUUCCUCCGGCAAUGGCUUACAUACACCAAUCCAGGAAGAAAUCCAGGUCAUCCAUUUUACCAGGGGGAGAUGGUGCACUUCUACUCCUCUUUGGAAUUGCUGUCAUUUUGGGGAUUUGGCAUUAGGUGGCUAGCAGCUACAUCUCUCAACAAACCAAAGCUAACUAUUCCACAACAGGUCAGAUUUGACCUUAACGACUUCAAGGAACUCAUUAGUUCUCAUCCUAAAUACCUCUGCUUGCGGUGAAAAAUUGUUACUUCUCUGAUUCAGUAAGCCUGACUAACGCAUUUUAGAAUCCAGUUAGUAAAGAAGCACUUUUUUUUUUUUCUUCUUCUUUCUGGCCUGAGUGAAGCAGAGUUCAUGUAGGAAAUCAUAGUAAUAUUCCUCUAUUGCCUACAU